GAGGAACACUUGGCAGGUCCAGCCCAGCUGCGAGCUUUCUUCCUGCACACGGAGCACGAGCGGAGGGAGCCGAAGACGGUCCCACAGGCCGACAUGAAGGUGGAAAUCCUGCCAGCCCUCACAGACAACUACAUGUACCUCCUCAUUGAUGAGGAAACCAAGGAGGCUGCCAUCGUGGACCCUGUGAACCCCCAGAAGGUUUUGGAUGCAGUGAAGAAGCACGGCGUGAGGCUGACCACUGUCCUGACCACCCACCACCACUGGGACCAUGCUGGAGGAAAUGAGAAGCUUGUAAAGAUGGAGUCGGGGCUGCACGUGUACGGGGGAGACAACAGAGUGGGAGCUCUGACCCAGAAGGUGUCCCACCUGACAGCACUCCAGGUGGGAUCUCUUAAUGUGAAAUGCCUCAGUACGCCGUGUCACACUUCGGGACACAUCUGUUAUUAUGUGACUAAGCCAAAUAGCUCCGAGCCACCUGCAGUUUUUACAGGUGACACUCUGUUCGUGGCUGGCUGUGGGAAGUUCUUCGAGGGAACCCCGGAGGAGAUGUACAAGGCGCUGAUCGAGAUUCUGGGCAGCUUGGACCCCAGGACGAGGGUUUACUGUGGUCACGAAUACACGAUCAACAACCUCAAGUUUGCUCGGCACGUUGAACCCAAUAAUGCCAAUAUCCAGGAAAAGCUGGCGUGGGCCAAGGCACGGUAUGACAGUGGAGAGCCCACCAUCCCCUCCACCAUCGCAGAGGAGUUCACCUACAACCCCUUCAUGAGAGUGAGGGAGAAGACAGUCCAGCAGCACGCGGGGGAGACCGACCCCGUGCGCACCAUGGGGGCCAUCAGGAAGGAGAAGGACAACUUCCGAGUGCCCCGGGACUGAGCCCCGGCCUCCUGCAGACUAUUCACCUGUUCUAGGAGUCAGACCUUCUGUUGUGGUUGAGACAGUCCUGUCUAGGUCUUUAUUUUGUUUUAAUUAAGGAGAAGAAAAGCACUUUGCCCUUGUUGAGAUGUUCUACAGCAUAUUUAUAUUACGAUGAAGAAUAUUUAUCCCUCUGUUGCUGUCCCUCGAGCUGUCACGUGUCACGUGCAGGUCAUUGUACCAGUGUUGGUGUGAGGCUCAGAGGUUGGGCUGGGAAGGAUCAAACCUGGAGGUUUAGGAAGAAGCUCCUGUUAGUUUUGUAGGAGCCUGAUGUGGAUGCAGACAGUGGGACUGGGGCCGAGGUGCCUUUGUGUAAAGCAGAGACCAAACACAGUAGUUGAAGAGUUGAGUGUUUCUUCCAUGCUGCUGCUGCUGCAAUGUUCUGAGUGUCGCUUUUGGCUCCGCUAAAACCAGUUCCCAGUGACAGACCUGCUCUGCCAGAGCCAGUUCAGGGUGUAAUUUGGGAACUACGUGGGGCAGCCUGGCUCUGGGAAUGGCACGUGGGGACAUCCAGCUUCUCCCUUCUCCCUGACCUUCCCUGGCAUGGAUGGCAGUGACUUUUCCCAGGUACUGCACUGCUUACACCCUUCCAGUCUUGAGCCUGUUUGCAUGGACCUGCUCACUGCUCUUACCUGUGACCUGAGAGUUACCUGUGUCAGUGCUGCACCAACGGAGCAGGGCUUUGCCUGAUGGCUCCAAAUCCCAGGAAGCAGCCACUCCUGGUGAGUGAGUGUCCCAGCUGGGCAGUGGUGAGAGCCCUGAGCAGACCUUGGUGCCCCAGCAGCUCCUUGGUGCCUGGCUGUGAGGAACAGGGCAGGGGAGCAGUUGUCACCUGUGCCCAGCCAGGAACAGCUGCCCUGGGGAGCAGUUCUGGGGACAGGAGCUGUGCUGGGCCAUGUGCUGCUGGGGUCCAUCCCCUGCCCUCAGCCCCUGCCUGGCCCAGCCUCUGGAAAGGCCAUGGAGGUGAGCUUAUAAUUGGUGAAGGUGCCAAUGUGUUGCUGGUUAAAUGGGGCUCAGAAGCCGCAUUAGAGUGGCACAUUUCUGUUUCUUGGUGUCCACAGGGUUAAAAGCCAUCCCUGCCCAAAGCAGGGUGUUGGGACUGGGUUAUGUUUAUGGUUUCUUCCACCCUAAACCACUCCAGGGUUAUAUGACUAGAGCUGUGUGACCCCAGCCUGCAGCCAGCUUGGAAACUGCAGGGAGGGAGCUCCCCUUGGGCUGCUUUUCCAACAGGGAAUAGUGUGUCCAAGUGGAUGAAUGGGGUGCAUUUUGGAGGGAAAUAAAUGCAGAUUUGUGGUGAUUGGGUCACCCCCUCCUGCAUUCCCAUCCUCCAGCUCGGGGUCUUUAAACAAGGGAUGUGAGUGACAGGGUGGGACCAGCCCCACAUGGCAUCGGCAUCUUUAAUCCAUCUUCCUCCUCUUAUUCUUUUCUUCCUGGUUCCUUGGUCUCCUCUGUACCACAGACAUGCUCCAGGACCAGAGAUUGUUUCAAACAAAUAUUUUACAGAUGAAACUUUGAAAAUAUUCAAAUGAUUUUGGUUCCUGCUUCUUCCCCUCUCCCUGGCACACAUUGGUAGGUGAUGCCACAAUGGAGCUGGAACUACCUGGGUCGUCACCUGUGUCCCUGUGUCUGCUGUUCCAACACCACCUGCAUGGCAUUGUAUGAGCACCAGGUCUUUGUUUGCUUUAAAAUGCUAAAUUUUAUGUAAUUCAGAAUGAAAAGCGGUACCUAAAGCUUUGUUGUUGCCUCCUGAACUGGAAUGUUGUGCUGCUACACUGGAGUGGCUGUGACAGAGGAAAAAUAAAGAACGGCUGGAAAUGGA